GACAGUCAGAUGCUUUUUGUUUUGCUUUCUGCGCUGCACUAUUUUCCGUGAUUUCAUUUCAAACACGCCGCGUUGCAUCGGACCAAAGUUCAUCCCCUGUUCAUACCCGCGUCCGCAGCGAUACCGAAGUGCAGUGAAGCAUACACAUACACACACACACGCGGAAACACAGACACGUACAAGCGCUGAAUUUAACUGUACGAAAGGCAUCGUUGUUUGCAUUACUCAGCAUUUCCUCCAGACCAAAAACGAAUCAUUUUUCGCGUUCGCGUUCCCCCGAAAAGGACCAACCAUUGAACACAAGGACAGCAAGAUGGCAAAACGUGCGGCCGGCUUUCUCAUAUUUCGCCGACUGCGCGAACGUAUCGAGUAUCUAAUGCUGCAAGCCUCGUACGGCCAGCAUCACUGGUCGCCACCGAAAGGUCACGUCGAUCCGGGGGAAGACGAUUACGCGACAGCCCUGCGUGAAACGACCGAAGAAGCCGGCUACACCGAAAGUGACCUAAAUGUGCACCGGAAGCAAUCGUGCACACUCGAGUACAAAGUGAAGGGACACGAUAAGGUGGUCGUGUACUGGUUGGCGGAACUGCGCAAUCCUUCGCAGGAGGCAAAGCUGUCCGACGAGCACCAGGACAUGAAGUGGCUGGACUGUGAUGAAGCGAUCCAAAUUGCGGGCUACGAAGAUUUCGCAAAGAUGGUACGCCUAUUUGAUGCUAAAAUUAAGGCAAACGAGCUGUGAAUGGACGAUGGUCGGUGAUGCUGUAGUGUGUGGUGGUGUUUUUCGAGUACAAGUUAUUUAUCCGUCUCUUGCACCAGACUUUUUCCGCGCUACGCCGUUUUACACUUAUAUCUAUAUAUACACAUACACACCAACAUAUAUAGAUUGAAACACACAGACACGCGCGCGCGCCAAACGCUUUCUCUAAUUGGAUAAUGAAAGUUAUCGAUUGUUCUCUACGAUGACUACGAUUGUAACUUACGCCUCGAUUAUAUGAUGUACGAGCAAGUGAAACCCGUUCACUUUAAACUAACUAAAAUAAAUGAGUCAUGUUAUGACGACAGUCGGCCGUUGUUUA